UCUACUUUCUUCUCUCUCUCUCUCUCCUUUUUUUUUCUUCUACCAAAUCCAUCUAUCUUUCUAUCAAAAGGCAAUACUAGAGUAUUAUUACAUGUCCACAACAAGGGAGAGAUUGGAUGAGAUUAUUGGGAAGAAGUUAAAGAUAGAGAAUAUUGAUGCAAGUUCAAAGUUACAUAUGCAACAAAUUAUGGGAAGAAGACAUAUAAUAUUGGAACCUUCAUGCACAAAAUUGAAUACUAUUAUACCUUGUGCUGCUUGUAAGCUUUUGAGAAGAAAAUGUGCUGAAGAAUGUCCAUUUUCUCCUUAUUUCUCUCCACAUGAACCACAAAAAUUUGCUGCUGUUCAUAAAGUCUUUGGUGCUAGCAAUGUUUCUAAGUUGCUCAUGGAGGUGCCAGAAAGUCAAAGGGCAGAUGCAGCAAAUAGUUUGGUAUAUGAAGCAAAUGUGAGGCUAAGGGAUCCAGUCUAUGGGUGCAUGGGUGCAAUUUCAACUUUAAACCAACAAGUUCAAUCGUUACAAGUCGAGCUUAACAUAACAAGGGCUGAAAUUUUGAGAUAUAAAUAUAGAGAAGCAAUGAAUAAUCUAAUCAUUGCAUCCACGGGUAUUGGAGCCACGGUGGCCGCGGCUGAGUUGCCCCAAGCUCCUUCUACUCCCACCCAUCCACCACGGCCACCGCCUCCCCAAGAGUCUUUUGGGGUUGUUGUCCCUUCUUGUUCUUCUCCUCCUUCAACUCAAUCCGUAUACGCAACUCCUUCUAAUGGAGCAAACUUUAGUGUUAUUUCAAACAAUAAUGUACCCUAUUUUGAUUAGUAUGUUUAAUAAUCGAUGCAGAGUUGAAUUCAAAAUUGAGAAUUAAUAAAUUCAAACUUUUUA